AUGUUGGAGGAGUUUGUGCUCCCUGAAGUUCUUGAGCAGCAAGCAGAAGUAUCAUAUCUUGCUUCAAACCAUGCGGAUUCUUGUUUCCCCAGACUGGCCUCUCUACUGAAGUCGGAAGGGAGAUUUGACGCUAAUAAGAAGCAAAUCCCAUGGGCAGAUAAGAUUCAGAUUCCAAUAGAUAUGGAAAAGCUAUCUCGGUGUAUUCAAGUGGUCGCGGCCUUUAACCGUACUGUCGAAACGAGCUACCGUACGAGCGCCUAUGGCAUUAUCAAAGACCUUAUCAUGGCAACAGUAGAUGUGUUGAAUGAUCGGGAGCGGCAGGAACCAAGAUGGCUCACGCCCGCCCAUGCCAAACGGUUGUUGGAACAUCAGAAUAUCGAGAAUGUCCUGGAGGACAUCGGAUAUCCGUUAGCGCACAAUAGCCUCAACUCGCGCUUGGCAAACUUCGUCCGACAAGAUGCCACACGGCUAUUCUUGAUGCUCAUCUAUGUGGAUAAGUUGGCGAUGCUUGAAGAGUUCUACGAUCAAGGCAUCGGCGACUCGAUAUUUCCUCUCAAAGUCAAGCUAUGCAGGACCCAUGCCAUCAUCGAGGGAAGGAAGCCUGCAAAACUCGAAUUUGCUACCCAAAUGAAGUUUGAAGAGGCCGACAUCCUCUUCAAUUACCAACAAUGGAUAUUUUUUGUCCCGAAGCUCACUUGGGCAACUUCCGACGACGCCCUCCUUCAUCCAAGAUGCAGGUUGCCCUUCCUCGGACAUGCUAAGAUUGUCGGCCAUACUAAUCUCAGCACCAUCUUCUCAACUAUCAUUCACCGUGAUUAUGUUACUAUUGACGUUGAUGGCAUUGAGACUCAGACCGAUAGUGAAGGCAAUCCCUUCGUUACGGUCCACGAAUUGUUACCGUCUGCUCUGAAAAUGGAUGAAGUGUACGAUUCCUUCGUUAAAUCUCAGUACUUGGCAUUUGAUAUGCUCCGAGGGUUUGAAACCAGACACCUGCUCAAGGCGGCCGCAUUCUACAGGAAGGACAAGAACGCCUACUUCAUCUUUCCAUCGCCGCAGUAUGGUAGCCUUCGGGGGCUCUGGAGUCGUGGGUUGCCCCAAAUUUACCAUCAGGGCUACAUGAAUUGGGUAUUUGAUCAACUUCUUGGUCUCGCCGGUACCAUUGAGGUCUUACACCAUGCAAGUAAUAGCCGUAUGUACUACCACAGCGAUCUACAUCCUAGGAAUAUUUUCUGUUUUCGUUCAAAAACUAGCCCAGAAGCGGUCAAGGACCACACCUCCUGCAUUCUUGUCACAUCCGCUGCUAGUAUUUCAAGGCUCACGGGCGGCUGGGACCUAUUACAUUUCGAGAAAACCAGGCCCUUGACAAAGGCGUUAUCUUACGCGCCCCCGGAGACAGAAUUCUUUCCGGGAAUGGAACCUCCACAUUGUUACGACAUAUGGCCACUCGGCUGCCUUUAUCUGGAGUUCGUAAUUUGGCUUCUACAUGGCCACCAAGGGCUAGUGCUCUUUGUGAGGGAAGUUAAUGGCAGAUUUUACACUACACAACACCCAUACGGGCUCUCGCCCAGCAGCAGUACAGCCAUAUUAAACCCAGGAGUCAAUAACUGGAUCGAAAACAUCAUCAAGAAAGAUCCGAGGUGCACCCCGAUAGGCACCAAGGAGACUGCCAUGUUUCGUCUGAUUAAUCUGAUUAAGGAGCGGCUCCUCGUCACGGCCAUAGAACCGAAUCCGAGAGACCCGAUAUCGAUGAAUCGAUAUGCGUCAGGGUUUGCUGACGCGGAGAGAUGUGAGCGGGCAUUUGCCCCAGAAGUGCGCCACACACUCGCUGGAAUUAUUCAAGAUGUGAAGAACGGCACUAUUGACUGGAUCAACUUUGACCAAACCGCAGCGAACUCAGCUCCCUGCCUUGAGGUCGAGCCUGUGACAGGUCGUACCACUCUAUCUGUCAAAAGGACUCACGGUGCAGAAUGA